AUGCAAAAUCCUCCAUGCAUCCUUCCUCCUAUACCUUGUGGCCCCUGUAGAAGGCGAUCUCCUCUGCAUUGGCAAUGAUCCUGGAAUGCACAUAGCGCAAAUGGCCUUUCCUGUGGGCCUCUUCAGCUACUAGUUUUCCGAAUUUUGGCGAACAGGCCCUCAGAACCUUGGCCGUGCAAAACACCACCAACCCAGCCAGCAGGGUCGGCCCGCUGGCGUUGGCCCCCCUGGACCGGGCCGUCUGGAUGAGGGUGUAGGAGGUGAGUAUCACAUCCAAGAUGGGCUUAGUGAGGUUCGAGUAGAGAUGCGCCACGGAUUGGGAAAACAUCAUUACGUCCUCGGUAAGAGACUGGUCCGGGUUGGUCAGUCUCCCGUCCAUGUUGCUAACUUUGUAGUAGGUCUGGUCUGUGAAAUAUGUGGUGUAGGCAUGGUCCACUAGCCGUGUGCGGAAGGCGAGAGCCAGCUUGCAUUCCAGGUAGCGGAUAACACUGUUCACGAAUGUGGCCGGGAUAGCAAUAAGGAGCCAUUUCAUCAGCUGGAUGAUGAAGCUUCGUGGUUCUUUCUCAACGAUUGUUUUCACAAUCUUGCCAUCCAAGCCUGCGACAUAGAUAGACAGAAACGUCCGGGAUAUCAACGCGACCGAAUGCAGAGACAGCAAUCCAAGCUCUUUGGAGACAAGCUUUGGAAAGAGAAUUUUAAUGAGUUCAAGUAUCUGCUUAAAAAAUUCAGCGUUUACACCAGGUGACUUUUUAUGACUCAGUGCAUCUGUUUGUGAUUUCACCGUCGAGCCAUUUUCCUCUCCUUUAGACCCCCUUCUAUUCCUGCAUUCGUUCCGUUUCACGAAUUGUCUGCAGACGAUGGGGUACAGGGUUUUCACCCCAUAGGCAGCGGCCGCGAGAAAGAUAGCUCGCUUCGCAGCAGUCGCCCGGUCCCAUUUCACUCUGGACGCCGCAUCAAGUAUAUUGGACAUCUUUCCCCUACAAAGCGAUCAAAGAGCUAGUCUUCUUUGAUGUUAUUCCGUUCUACAUCCACCGGGAGUUAGUAUCAUGAUGGAAAAACAAUCUACCUCAUACAAUGGUGCGAUGCUUCAGCUAGAAAACUCAACCGCUAGCUACGUUCCAGUAUUUCCGUCAUUUGGUUUGGCAGUGUUUUAUUUGGGCAACACCCCGGAAAGACACGAUCGGUUGUGAGUGACAUAUUAAAAUGAGGUCCCACUGUACGUAUUACUGUACAUACUGUAUCGUGACUAUUUGCCCAGCAUCUGUGUAUAGUACACUUAAUAAACUAAUGUCAUAAUUGAAACAAUAAUAAUGUUCUCUCAUAUCUGAGAGGGACAUAGUAGCUACGUCAUUUACGUCAUUUAUUUGACGUCUGUUGGCUUGGCUCCAGCAUCUUUGUGUCACGCGCUGUACCUGUCAACUCAACUGAAGCAUCAUUAUAAUCGGCUACUUCAUGAGAAAGUUUCACUAGUAGCUAGCUAGCUAUGUUUCAUAAAAACUCAACAACGGUCACCUCUUUUAUACUGCUAGAUACAUUUCAAAAGUGCUGAUAAAAUACAUGGCCUAAUAGAGUUAAUUUUUUCUGUCUGAUUUUACUGGACAAAAUGAAUUGGGUCGGUGGUUCAAGGAACCGGUUUAUGAUGAGAAAUGACAUGAAAAAGCAGAGGGAAUUCUUUGAAAAGAAAAAAAUGCAGAGAAAGAUGAAAACCUUAGGAAUACCAACCUCUCCUAAAGGAGCCAGUUCUGGAAGUAUGGACCUACUGACUUUAUUCAUAGUAAACCAGAUUGCUGCAAAGAAAGAAAACAAUGAUCAGCCAAAGAUAACUCACAUCACUGAUGAUAAAGGAGGACCCAAGUCGAUGAGGGAGGGGCCCCUGGAGUUACCCAUGAGCCCUUGCUCCCCAUCACGGCUUUCCCUUGUGGAGAGCCAGCCUUUGUACAGUGUCCAGACUGCUAGAAAGAGAAAGCACUGCAUUCCUGAUGGAUUCAAGUGUAGACAGCUCUCACCAGUGCUGGAGUCGAACAUGUCAGACACCAGUACGUCAGACUACCAGCAACGCAUCCAGGACACCCUGAGCCCCUUCUGCUCGGCAUCGUCGUCAGUCUCCUCCUCAGGGGCAGGCCUGUUCUCCCUCCAGCACAUAGCACACGUCCAGCCACAGCUACACUGCUCCCCUAGAACCCCAUGGGAUACCUCCACUUCAGAUCAACUACAGUUUAGACCUUUCUCUCAGCCAGGAGGGAGGAGAGAGUGUUCCCCGUGGGCCACAGGACCAAGUGGACCCAAACAGCAGCUGAACAUGACCCCCACUGUGUCCAGAGUACUGUUUGGAGGCACAGAGCCUGAUAGCACAGACACCAGAGACCAUAUCAUGCACGCAGUGGGGUUCUCUAUCAACCAAUCGGAGGGCAAAGACCACACCUUAGAGUUCUCUCUCAAAGAUCAGACAAUGAAGUUCUCUCUCAACCAAAUAGAGAGUGAAGAGCAACACGAGAAAGCACUCCUCAGGGCCUGCAGUAAUGAGGAAUAUGGAAGUGAAGCAGCUAAUUUUAAGAAGGGGAUGUCUAAGAUAUAUCUCAAGGAGGAAGUACCAACGUCUUCCAGAGAUGUGAAUGAAUCACAGAGCCAAGACCCUGAACCUGAUUUUCUGACUCAGGUUUCCAACUGCACUGAUGUCAGCUCAUCUUGUCCUGGAAACACUCAUCAUGGUCCUAAGGAAUUCUGCGAAUCAUCGCCCAGUUACUCUCCAAGAGGAGGUUACUUUAGUUCAGACUCUGAUGAUGACGAGGUGGAGGAUUAUCACCAGUGUCACCAGGGUGGAUCCUCACAGUCACACACAGUGAGGUCCUGUAGUGAAGAGUUCCCUAUCCUCAGCCAAGGCUCAUCACAUUGGAACACACAACAACUGGGUCACCCUCAGUCUCAACCCAGACCUUACACCCCACCCAUUAGGCCUCAAUGCACAGGGAACUGUGGAAACGACCAGAGAGCUUUGGAGAGCUCCGGCUACACUGAGAGACGGUCCGGCUGUGCAGUUACAGAUGACAGUAACGGCCAGGUUAGGGUUAUAAGUGAUCAGUUUGUCCCAUCUUGUCCUCUGUCUGAAUCACAGUGCUCUGAGAUUCACCAACAAAAGAUGGAAGCCACCGGAACACGAGAAACACAAACACGAGAAAUGGGAACACAGACUGUCACCACCAUCACCUCGAAAUGUCCAACAUCGGACGUUUCAACUCAGUGCAGUUUUGGACUGGAGUGUAAAGAGAACAACCUCAUGGACUCUGAAUCCCACAAGUCUGCUUACAAUGUAAUACCGACUCCAACUACCAGAGGGCAGUCAAGUCACAGAGAUGAGUCUAUGACACACAGAGCAUUAUCAGACAGAUCCAGGAAGGAGGGAAAAGAGCAAACGCCAUGGAGAAAAUCAACAGCCAGAGAGCUCAAGGCUGGAACUGGGCACCAUCCAUCAAUCAUCCCUUCUAACAAGUGUCGUAACACGAACACUGAGAGUAGAGUGUUUAUUCAGAGACCCACUACCUCUAUACUAGACGUUCUCACCACCAAUGAUGUAAAAGACUUGAGAGAUGAGCAGCUGCAGCAUAGAGGACAGGAAGAUGAAAGAGAGGUCCAGGAACCUGUUGAGAAUGUUCCUCUUAGAGAAGACCUUCCAGAUGACAAAGAGGAGAAACGGAGAGGGAGUGCAGAGGAGAGGGAGGAGGUCACUGCUGAGAGCGGAGUUAACAGGCUUUCAGAGGAGGUUGAGACACUUCAGGAAAUAGCAGACAUUCUGCUCAUGCUGAAGCAGAGGAAAAAAGAUUAGAGGUGGGAAGGACAGGAGAGUAUCCCUUUAAGAGUUGUGGACAAUACUAUCAACUACAUCCCAUUAACACAGAAUCUGUUUCUGCAUAUUUAAAGGUUUAUAACAAUGCCCUUGGCAUUCUACAUUAAAACAAAAGCCAGACAUUGCAAGAUAAUUCAUUUAUUUUUUCCCAAUACAUAUUUAAGUGUUCUAGAUUCUCAUGAAUAUCUUUACUUUGAUAGAAUAUAAAUUCUAGCAAAACAUUUACAGCAACAAUAAUCAAAUGUAUACUAUACAGCACUGGAUGCAUUUUUUUUUCUUUAAAUCUUCACUAGUUCUUCUUCAUAAUCUAGAAUAGAAACAAUGCAUUUAAUUUGUUUUCACAUAGAAACAAUUGCACCCGUUCACCAUAAACACAUUGGAUGUCCCCAUUUAGGAAUUAAAGCAAAGAAGGCAAUAUAAUAAUAACACAAUGGGUUGUCAUGGGGUUGUUGAGCAUUUUUCAUAAAAUCACAAAACAUCAAAUAACUUGUUUGACACUAUCUCAAGUUUGUUACAUGACGGCAAUGUUGUCACCUUUGUGAAGGGGCUGUGCAAUAAAGUGUUUUUUCUCUAUAAAAUACUGUGAUAAUAAAUAAAAAAAGACAUCUUCCAGUGAACCUCCAA